AUGUCAUCUGAUCGAAAAGUUAUGCCGUUAAUGAAAUAUGGAGCAUUUUCUGUAGCAUCGUUGUUAUUGAUAGUAUAUUUUGGUAUAUUGAUACACAAUGUUAUAACAGACCGUCCCAUUCUUCAAACAUCCUAUGAUGAUUCUAAAGAUGAUAUUCCAAUUCCAGAUUUAGUAUUUUCUUCCAGUAACGAAUUUAGCAUAGGCCAAUGUAUUUAUACUCUUGCAAAUGAUCGAAAGCCUGUCAAGGAGAUUCCACUAUUACAUGCUUCAAAUAAUAUGUAUUUUGAAGAGCUUAAUAUUACAUUAAAUUUUUCCAAUAACAUUGAUCUUGCGGUGGCGAUGUUUGAUGAAGAGUUAAAUCUAGUUAAUAUCGAAGUUAAUAACUACGAUAGAUAUGUACAAUCAUUUGCAUAUCAGAAUUUUUAUUUUUUAUUACCCGGACUAGAAUAUCAAAUUACAUUUUCUCGAUCGCUCAUUCAAAUCAUGAAGCCUAGUUGGAUUAUCGCAAGUGCUUUCGGAAUCCCACCGCAACAUGAAAAUUAUUAUUAUCUUACUAAGCAAUUUGUCAACACCUCCAAUUUUACUAAAAAUAAUACUAAAGUGAGUAUUUAUCUGCAAAGUUCUGUAGUAAUUACACAAAAAGAAAUUAGUGCCAUUGGUUCAUUCGGAGGUCUUUGGACACUUUUAGCUAGCAUUUAUAGUUUUACUUUCGGUUCUACGAUUAUAGAAUCCAUCAAAAAUAUUUUUGGCAAAGGGCGUCCUAAUUCUUCCCACCAUAAUAGUGGCUAA